AUGGACCCAAAACUAAAGCGCGUCAUCGAGCUCAUAGAGUCAAAGAAGAAGCCAUCGCAUCCUUGGAAGCGGCAGGAACGCUAUGAUCAGCCUUACUAUUCUUUCUGGGCCCAACAUGUUGAAUGGAAGGAGACUUUGCCUUCGAAAAGCAGCUCGGCAUCCCCCAUCGUUCCGAGAUUCUUGAUUCUAUCCUGGAACAUUGAUUUCAUGUUUCCAUACACGGAGGAGCGCAUGAUUGCCGCUCUUAAACAUCUGGAGUCGCACGUCAAUGCCAGUUCAGUUCCGGCCAUCAUCAUGCUUCAGGAGAUGCUAGAAUCCGACCUGACCCUAAUCAAGGGCCAGCCAUGGGUUCGUACCAACUACAAUCUGACCGACAUCGAUGCCAAAUAUUGGGAGUCCGGACACUACGGCACCUGUACAUUGAUUCCCAAAGCGUUACCCAUCACCUCCGUCUUCCGAGUUCACUAUGAACAGACUGCCAUGGAGCGAGACGGUCUGUUUGUCGACCUCGAUUUCGGCAACAGUCAGAUCGUCCGGAUCUGCAAUACUCACCUUGAGUCGUUGGUUGCCGACCCGCCCAUACGACCACAUCAGCUCGCAACAUCUGCAACCCACAUGCAUGACCCAGAGGUCAGCGGCAGCGUGCUCGGUGGAGACUUGAACGCGAUUCAGCCCUUCGACAAGACACUUCAUUCGGACAACAAUCUCCAUGACGCCUAUCUGACCCUAGGUGGAAAGGAGGAUAGUGAUGACGGGUAUACGUGGGGCCAGAUGGCGCCAGUCAAACUCAGAAAGAUGUUUGGGUGCAGUCGAAUGGACAAGUUGUUCUUCUGCGGACAUCUCAAAUGCGAAAAGUUCGAGAGGUUUGGUCUUGGGGUCCAAGUCGAGGAUGAGCAUGUCCGGGAAGACUUGAUCAAAGAAGAAGGCCUAGAGGCGGGAUUCGUCACGGACCACUUGGGCGUCAGGGCCGAAUUCAGCGUCCUCCCAGAGGGGGAUGCCAGUUCAAAGAUCUGA